AUGCGGAGUGUUGUACUCGGGGGCGCGCUGGGCACUAAGCACCGGGCAGGCGAUGGCUGCGGGCAGGAGAACGGGGGCUGCCGGCAGCGCUGGGGGCAGGAGGGGACUCGGCGGGCACGGGGGGAGCCCCGGGGCCGCGCCAGGGCCGCCCCUCACGGGGCCGCCCCUCAUGGCGCCGCCGCCAUCUUGCGCUUCCCCUCCGCGCUCCUUCUCCACCGCCCUCUAUGCAAAUCACCCGCCAUUCCCGCGCGCCCAUUGGCCCCUCCCGCCCCAUUGCGAAAUAUGCAAAGAAAGAGCUGGCGCGCCGCGCGCCCAUUGGCUAAAAAGCCCGCCAGCUCCACCCGCCACGCCCCCCAGCCCGUGUCGUCACCGGCAGUGCGGGCUCUGAUUGGGCAAAGCGCUCGCAAGCCGCGCCCACCGCGGGGUUUGGGGGGGGCGCGGGGAAAGCGCAUGAAGGUUCGAGAACGCGGGCCCGGCCGGCGCGCAACGCCCCCUUCCGGCGCGCGUCACGCACGGCAGCGACCAAUCACCGGUGAGCGGAGGGGCGGGAUGCGCGCGCUGAUUGGUCAGAGCCGUGCGGGGGAGGCGUGGCCUUCUGGAAGGUUCUGGGCGGGUAUAAAAGCGCGGCGCGGCGGUCGCGGGGCAUUGAGCGAGCCGGAGCUGAGCCGAGAGCCUGUCCAGCGUGGGAGCGAGCGACCGGGCCGGACUGGCAACCGCACCACGCCGAGCUACGUGGCCUUCACAGACACAGAGAGGCUCAUCGGCGAUGCUGCCAAGAACCAGGUGGCCAUGAACCCAACCAACACAGUCUUUGAUGCAAAGCGGUUGAUUGGGCGCAGAUUCGAUGACUCUGUGGUGCAGUCUGACAUGAAGCACUGGCCCUUCACUGUGGUGAACGAUGCUGGCAGACCCAAGGUGCAGGUGGAGUACAAAGGCGAGACAAAGAGUUUCUACCCAGAAGAAAUCUCUUCCAUGGUUUUAACCAAAAUGAAGGAAAUCGCAGAAGCCUAUCUCGGCAAGACUGUUACCAAUGCAGUAGUGACUGUCCCAGCCUAUUUCAACGACUCCCAGCGCCAGGCCACGAAAGAUGCUGGAACUAUUGCAGGGCUGAACGUCCUGCGAAUCAUCAACGAGCCCACAGCAGCUGCCAUUGCCUAUGGGCUGGACAAGAAGGUUGGUGCUGAAAGGAACGUCCUCAUCUUUGACCUGGGCGGCGGCACCUUUGACGUGUCCAUCCUGACCAUCGAAGAUGGCAUCUUCGAGGUGAAAUCCACAGCAGGGGACACCCACCUGGGUGGGGAGGACUUCGACAACCGCAUGGUGAACCACUUCAUCGCCGAGUUCAAGCGCAAGCACAAGAAGGACAUCAGCGAGAACAAGCGCGCCGUGCGCCGCCUGCGCACCGCCUGCGAGCGCGCCAAGCGCACCCUGUCCUCCUCCACCCAGGCCAGCAUCGAGAUCGACUCCCUCUACGAGGGCAUCGACUUCUACACCUCCAUCACCAGGGCUCGCUUCGAGGAGCUCAACGCCGACCUGUUCCGUGGCACCCUGGACCCCGUGGAGAAGGCCCUGAGGGACGCCAAGCUGGACAAGUCGCAGAUCCACGACAUCGUGCUGGUGGGGGGCUCCACGCGCAUCCCCAAGAUCCAGAAGCUGCUGCAGGACUUCUUCAACGGCAAAGAGCUCAACAAGAGCAUCAACCCUGACGAGGCUGUGGCGUAUGGGGCAGCUGUGCAGGCUGCUAUCCUGUCUGGAGACAAGUCUGAGAACGUGCAGGACCUGCUGCUGCUGGACGUGACUCCCCUGUCCCUGGGCAUUGAGACAGCCGGAGGGGUCAUGACAGUCCUGAUCAAGCGCAACACCACCAUCCCCACCAAGCAGACCCAGACCUUCACAACUUACUCUGACAACCAGCCCGGGGUGCUGAUCCAGGUGAGCAGGGAGCUCUGGGGCGGGGACAGGACACUGUCAGUGCUUUCACUGCUUGGUACUUGAGUAGUUCUUAGGCCAGAGGAGUUAAAUUCCUGUAAUUUGGAAAUUCCUGGUUGCUGUGAUGAAAGUGACUCCAAAGCCAUUCGUAGUUUCCACCAGAAGU